UGGGUAUGAAGCAAACUUCGAAAGUAUGACUUUGGAUAGGAAUUUUUCAAUCAAUAAUAUGGAUUUAUACGGCGGUAUUGAGCUAAAAAAUCAUUUGGUGGUACAUGCCUAUUACGCCGAUAUGUUUGGUGACUACAUGCGCUUCGAUGUUGCGUAUCACUGGCAAAACUAUUUCGGUCUGUUCGGCGGCAUAACCAGCCUAUACAUGGGUAUUAGCUUCAUUUCUGGCUUUGAAAUAAUUUUCUUUCUCUCCGUGCGACCAGUGGCCCAUCUGCUAACGAGAAUAAAUAAGCGACGGCAAGCUAUGAAAAAGCAAAAGGAAUUGAAAACGAAUUAUAAAGUCAUAAGAAACUAAUGCAAGCGGUAGCGAGGGAUGGGAAGUGGAGGUUAAUUGUAGUCAAAAUGUUGCUUAUUGACAAACGAUGUAGGUCACAUACUACAUAUAUAAAUAACUCGAAAUUUGUUCACUUUUUUGGAUCAUUAACUCUUGCUGACUCUCAACGCCGCAAGAUGUUCACCGCGUUUAACGAUAAUUGAUAUUGUCAUUCAAAAUAUGUUCACUGCAAGUGUCUAUAAUUAAAUUAAUGCCACAAAUUAAUAGCCUUUAAGAAAUACUAUAGAAUUAUGCUUGCUACAGCUUACUUGUGUUAACUCGAAGAAUCAGUUAUUAAUGCGACACGGCGCACUGCAGUCAUAUCAACUAAAUAUUACGGGUUUUUCCAAUAAACGCCAACAAUGUCCUCUCGGUCCACUUUUAAACGCACACCAUUUCUAGCGUCUCAAAAUCGCGUUUUUGAUAUACUAAAUCACCAACAGCAAAGUAUGAAAACGAAGAGUAUAUUUGUCUCACCAGCCAACUCAAGCAAAACUAAUGCCAAGCAGCAAACACGCAAAGCUUCACGCCUCCGCCAAUUGGCUACUUUUUCGCCAGUACGUCAUUGGUUAGUGGAAAAUAUGCGCAAUUAUUGCAAUAGCACAUCACUGCACGGCUUCAAUUACAUCACUCUGAAAGGCUCCACGGCGAAUGAGCGACAUUUCUGGAUUGCCGUCGUUAUCAUAUCGAUUAUAAUCUCAAUUGUUUUGGUGAUUGUUUCAUGGUUUUGGAAUCGUGAAACUCCCACAGUGACCGUGAUUGAGAGCGCACAUUUUCCCACAUGGAAUAUUCCGUUUCCAGCGGUCACAAUUUGCAAUUUCAAUAAGAUUUCGAAAAUGAAGGCGCUAAAGUUGGCGAGAACACUUAAACGGCCACCUAACGUUUCGGAGGAGAAAUUAUUAAGUCUGUUUCGCAUAAUAAUGUUCUUCAAUUUCGCCUUAAAUCACACCGAAGAAGAUUUUCACAUCUUCGGUAAUAUACUCAAUGAUAACAACUUUACUAUAGCCAAAUUAACGCAAGAACUUACACCGAAUUGCAUGGAUAUGAUAUCGAAAUGUGUUUGGAAAGGCGAUGGCUUGCGUUGCGACAGUCUGUUUCAGCCAGUACAAGCGCUCGAAGAAGUCUGCUGCUCCUUUAACUAUUAUGGACGCACAACAAAUAAUUUUCCAAAAAAAAUCGCAUAUCAAGUACCGAAGCAACCCUAUCGCGUUACCGGCUGUGGUCAUUCGACUGGCAUCUCUGUGGUACUCAAUCCCAUAACCGAUGACUACUUCGGCACUUAUCUGAGCAGUUACGGGUUUCGUCUUUUUGUACAUGAUGCUUAUAAUUUUCCCGAUGAAAAUGCCGAAACGAAAGUAAUCACUUCGGGUCGCGAGAGUUUCGUGCGCAUAAAUCCCGAAUCGACAUAUGCAACAAAUGUGGUUAGGAAUAUGGAUGUAAAGUUGCGUAACUGUUUAUUUUAUAAUGAGCGAUCGUUGCCAACAAUGCAACGAUACUCGUUUGGCAAUUGCAUGGCUGAGUGUCGUACAAGAUAUAUGCACAAACUUUGUGGCUGCGUCCCGAUGAGCUUACCAAACAAUGGUAGUCUUCGAAUUUGUGGUUUGAGUGAAAUAUAUUGUAUAUUAAAUACACGAGAGAUCUUCGCGUUGGCAUUGCCAACAAAAAAUACGACGCUUUCGGUGGUGCAAAUUACGGAUAAAUUUCCCUGCGACUGUUUACCCAAUUGCGAAUUUAACAAUUAUCCGUCCGAAAUAACUAUGGGACAAGUGGAUAUGAAAUUAGUUUCUACGACCAAAAAUAUAAACAAAACGAUUAAUUCCGAAGAACAAAUUCUGCUACAUGUUUUCUUCAGCGAUUUAAUGGCCAAGCGUUAUCGCAAGGAUAUCUAUCAGGAUUGGUUGUCAUCAUUAGCAUCUUUCGGUGGUCUUUUGGGUUUAAUAAUGGGUUUUAGCAUAGUGACUGCUUUCGAGUUCAUUUACUUUCUCACAUUUCGACCGAUUUUUAAUUACUUCAAUGAUGUUUAACUACUA